ACGUAAACAAAAAGCAACAAAAUUUAAUAAUUUCGCUAAAAAUUAAAAUAAAAUGGCAUAUCCAACAAAUAAUUCACAAAUGUCGGAUCUCUUAAGUCAACCAGGAUCAUCUUCGCAACAAUCUUCACAAAUUUUGACACAAGGAAGUAGUCUUCCGACAACACAAUCAACGCAAGAGCCCAUCGAAGGAUUCGACGAAGACGAGGAGGAAAGCGAAACAAUUCUUGAUCCGACAGUAGCUGGAAGAAAACGUCUCUUCAGCAAGGAACUUCGUUGCAUGAUGUACGGUUUUGGCGACGAUCAAAAUCCGUAUACAGAAUCUGUUGAUUUGCUCGAAGAUUUGGUAAUUGAAUUCAUUACGGAUACAACACACAGAGCAAUGGAAAUUGGAAGAACGGGCAGAGUUCAAGUCGAAGAUAUUAUUUUUCUCGUGCGAAAAGAUCAACGAAAAUACGCAAGAGUGAAAGAUUUGCUUACGAUGAAUGAAGAAUUGAAACGCGCUCGUAAAGCUUUCGAUGAGAUCAAAUAUGUUGGAUCCGAAGCAAAACUCAAAUGACCUCGAUUUGAACUUUAAGUCUCUUUAAUUAAAAUAUAAAAUAAAUUAAGUUUUACAA